AUGAACGAUCUGAAAACUACUGUAUCUGAAGAAAAUACUUUAUCUGCUAAAGGAUACAAACUAAUUAAGUUCGUCGGCGAAGGAGCAUACGCUAAGGUGUAUUUGACUGAGUAUAUAGGAAAAGAAGAAAAUAGUAAAAUAACUCUUGCGUGUAAAAUUAUUGAAACAUUGAAAGCUCCGAAAGACUUCGUUGUUAAAUUCUUGCCGCGUGAAAUCGAUGUUCUUAUUCGUUUAAAUCAUCCACAUUUGAUUCAUGUGCAUAGUAUAUUUCAAAGAAAAACAAAGUAUUACAUUUUUAUGCGAUAUAGCGAAAAUGGUGAUCUUCUUGGGUAUAUUUUAAAAAACGGUUGUGUUUCGGAAAACCAGUCGCGAGUGUGGCUUCGGCAGCUGGCUUUGGGUUUACAGUACCUCCACGAAUUGGAAAUCAGUCAUCGAGACAUCAAAUGUGAGAACGUUUUGUUAACUGCUAACUUUAACGUAAAACUAUCUGAUUAUGGAUUUUCAAGGUUUUGCGUAGACGAAGAAGACCAACCAAUAUUGAGCGAGACAUAUUGCGGUUCGAUGUCCUACGCGGCACCAGAGAUACUACGAGGCAAGCCGUAUUUGCCUAAGCCAACAGAUUUAUGGUCUUUAGGAGUUGUGUUAUUUGUGAUGUUAAAUAAAUCGAUGCCCUUCGACGACACACGUAUGCGAAAACUUUACGAGCAGCAGAUGGGAAAAAAGUAUAGAUUCAGAUCACGCGUUGCAAGUGUGCUCUCUUUGGAGUGUAAGGCUGUAGUGAAGCAUUUGCUUGAACCAGAUCCGGGAUUGAGACAUUCGGCGAACCAAAUUCUGAACUCGGAUUGGAUUGCUAUGGACAGUAGACUUACUACUCUAAACGCAAUUGAAACAGCCGCUCUUCAAAAAGCUAAAGAGGAAAGACAGAGAUUAACAGAUAUUCAUAAAAAUCCACCGAAAAGGCAAGGCGAUAUUUUGGAACGAAAAAAUAGGGAGUCCACAAACAGGGCCAGUGAAAUGAUAAAAUCUCUUGCUAAUUUAUCGGGAAGGCAAAAGAAAGCGGAAUAA